CCAGCAUAGCGUUCGAUUGGGCGGUUAAAAGGCUAUAAAAGAUGAGCUACCAUUGCCACGGCUUCCAGUUAUUCGGUUUACGUUGAUCGUGCGCGAUUUGCCACAAACGGUGCUCUGUCCUUCUGUUAAAGUCUGUGUAUGAGUGCGUGUGUAGUUACAAAAAUGUGGAAGUGUGUCAUUGUGGCAUUCCUAGCAACGCUCGCGUUUGUGAGCGCACAGGAACCAGAUCCCCGGUGCCCGCUGGUGGAUAAUCCGCCCUUUCAUCUGCCGCACGAAACCGAUUGUGGCCUGUUCUACACCUGCUCCUAUGGCAAAAAAUACCUGAAAUCGUGCCCCGUGAACCAACACUUCGGAUUCCAACUGCAACGCUGCGACCAUCCUUACUACGCGCAGUGUACCCUUGGAUCGGGAACAACGGCUAUCCCCACUAUCCCGACCACAGUAUCGACGGCGUCUCCAACUACUGCUCCAACGCUACCGACUACCACAACACCACCUACCACCGUAUCUACUACUACGUCUGCCACUACCACUACGACAACUGCAUUCACUACUACUACUACUACUGCAGCGGCCACUACUGUACCGACGGCCCCAACACCCGGACCUACGGGAGUACCAACUACCGCACCAACUACCGCACCAACUACCGCACCUACGACAGCACCCAUCGACACCACUACUACAACGGCAGCCACUACCACCGUAUCGCCCACGACCGUGGAAGUUCCCACCGCUCCAACAUAUACCUCCACCGCUACCAUACCGACUGCCCCGAGCCCAAUUCCGACGGCCCCAACACCUAGUACAACCGUGGUCGGUAGCACGACCGUCGCGGGCAGCACGACCGCCGAUGCGACAGUACCUACCGUACCGACGGCCGGUCCGUCAGUACCUACCGUCCCCACGGCGGCCCCAGCACCCGUUGCGAUGCAUCCCCGCGUUCGAGCUCUGCGCACUAGCCAUGGAAUGGCGUAAGCAAAUGCGCAAGUUUUCAGCCGCCAUGUUCGCUGCUGCGCCAGACGUUUCACCGACGUCUGCCUACGUAGCCCAAUCCAUACCCAAACUGUAUAUCGCUUAAGCUUACACCCAUAAAGCAAUAAAACCAUAUUUAUAAUCUCCGUUAAAA